AUGAGCGGGAGAUUGGGGGAUCGGCCACAUGCGGAGUCUCCUCGCGCUCGCCCUCUGGAGCCCCUCUUGCGGCCCUGUGUUGUUCACUCCUUCUGCGAUUUCUGGCAUCCUCUCCCCCCCCCUCCUCCUCCACAUCCUCCUCCUGCCCCUUCCUUUUUGUGCAAGAGCCAUGGCACACGUGCCACUUGUUUCGCCGGCGCCGACGUCGGCAACGACGCCAGCAUCAGGGCCAUCUCGCUCUCGAGCGAGAGAUCAGACAAUCUCACCAAGUGCGGGGCGAGUGGCGCGCGCUGCGGGCUGCCCGCUGCGACCUGGCUGGCCCGAGACUCUUCGAGCAGAUGGCAGCGAGCCGCGUGCGCUGGACAGAUUGCGUCGUCAUUCAGUGAGUUGGGCGGCGGCGGCGACGAGGCGCAUGGCGUCUAG